AGAUCCACUCAAAGAAGAGGGAGAGAGGAGUUUGGUAACAUUGGCUUGGAAGGUGGAAGGAAGCAUGAGAUCGACAUUAGGUGACAGGAAAGGGGUUCUUUGAAACCGAAAGGAAAAGCGAAAGGUUUGGGGGAAACUGGAUUGCCGCUGCUGUCCACUGGGGUGCACCUGGGCAGGAGCUGCAAAGGGAGGCCCUUUGGGGUCUGGAGCAUGGGACAGACGUUCCCUCUAGAGACUGCACCUCAAAACUCCUGCGCACACUUAGAUGAUGAAGGUGACCACCAGCACAGCAGCACGGGGAGCAAAGGGGGCACGGCAGGGGACGGCACCCCUCCUCCCAAGCGCAAGGGCAAGUUCUCUACCCUGGGUAAGAUCUUCAAACCCUGGAAGUGGAGGAAGAAGAAAAGCAGCGAGAAGUUUAAGGAAACUUCAGAAGUUUUGGAAAGAAAGAUGUCGAUGAGGAGGCCAAGACAGGAACUGAUCGAGCAGGGAGUGCUCAAGGAGCUUCCUGACAAUGGUAGGAGAGAGAAGAGUGUGUGUGUGCGUCUGUACUUUCUUAACCAUAUUUUGUACCAAGAAGUUUGUACCCUGAAGCGAAACCUGGCAAAAGCUCUGAUGCUGGACAUACCAACAGAAAAACUCGGGGCCUCAGAAGAAUCAGACAGCAGUCAAUACGUUCCUAACUCAGAGGUUUUGAGGGACACACUGCGAGAGCCUCUGCCCCCCAAGCAGUCCGUCAUGCCCCCCAAAUGGUUGAUGACUUCCACCCCGGAACCUGGUGCUGAUAGCUUGCCCCGCACCCCUGUCCACAACCCCGCAGCUGCUUUCUCUUCUUCCUCUGCCUCCUCCAACUCCUCCUCCUCCUCAGCUGUCAGCACGGCUGGAAAACCACUACGAAACGUAUCCUCGGCAGGCGCCAACACACAGGCCUCCAGCAGCGCUCCCCUUACCACCUCUUCAGCACCAUCCUCUAUGGGCAAUGUCCCAGCCCAGCCCACCAAACAGCCCCCUCUCCCUCCACCCAAGCCAAUCAACCGUAGCAACCACCCUGCCAUGUUGGCCUCCACCCUGCAUGGGGGUGACGGCAGCGAUUUCCCCCUCUACUGGUCCUGUUGGAAGCGUGAGGGUGACCAUGACGUCUACCUGUCCCUGCCUGUCUACCUCUGUCGGCGGGCAGGAGGCAUGCGCACAGCUGAACUCACACAAGGAGGUGUCAACCUAGUACCGGCCAAGCCCUCGCCCCCUAUGCCCCCGAAAAGAACCACGCCUGUCACCAAACGCAAUGCAGAGGACUCCCCUCUGACCAUUUCCUCCCUUCCCUCCAUUCUGUCCGAGGACAUUAGGGCCAACAUCCCCGGGGGCUACCAGCUGCCCCCGCCUCCCCCAUCCCCNCCCCUCCCCACACACCUCCCCCCUUCCCCACCACGGGCCCACACCCAUCAUCUCCUCCACCAACACUCCUACCCCUACCCCCUGCCCCAGCCACUUCCUGUCCACUUUGACCCUCCCAGCCCUCCGGAGGAACCACCAGCCCGUCAAGCCCCUGUUCCCUUACACAUCAUGAUCCAGAGGGCGCUCAGUAGCCCAGGACCCACUCUCCCACACCCAGAUGGCUCCCAGCGUGCCCACUCACUUCUGUUUGAGACACCACCAGAGUACCAGGGCAGCCGCCCACUGCCAGUCACCAUCCAGCCUCUCAAACUGGAUGAAGAUGACUACUCUGAUGAAGAGGAGGAGGAAGAAGAGGACGAUGAUGACGACGAUGAGGAACCUCCACCUGAUCAUCUCCCAUCCCCUCAGUCCCAGCCAGAACUUGAGCCUCGUAGCCGCAGAUGCCUGGUGGGGGAUCUGAGCAUCAGCAUCAUCCCUGAAGGAAACAACAGCAGCGAGGAGGAGGAAGAUGAGGAAGAUCAACAGCCGGAGGAGAGCGACUCGGAUGGGCCCGUGCUGUACAAGGACGAUGAUUCAGAUGAAGACGAGGAUGACGACAGCCCACCAAGUGCUCUGGCCAGCAGGGCUUCUGCUACCGAGCGAUUGAGCCAGAGACCUACUGCUGAGGAGUUGGAACAGAGAAACAUUCUCCAGCCCAAAAAUCAAGCAGACAGACAAGCAGAGGUCAGGGAGAUCAAGCGCAGACUCACCAGAAAGUUGAGUCAACGACCAACUGUUGCCGAACUACAGGCUCGAAAAAUAUUACGUUUCCACGAGUACGUGGAGGUCACAUGCGCUCAGGACUACGACCGCCGUGCUGACAAGCCAUGGACCAAACUCACUCCCGCAGACAAGGCUGCUAUUCGUAAAGAGCUCAACGAGUUUAAGAGCUCCGAGAUGGAAGUGCAUGAGGAAAGCAGAAUUUAUACAAGAUUCCAUCGUCCUUAACAGCGUCUUUUAACUGGAAAAUUAAGCACUUAAAGGCCGGUGGAUAUUGGGAAGAAAUAGCUGUUUUUUGGGUGAGGAGCCUCAGGGUGUCAGAGCUCCUUCAGACUGCUUUUACUAUGAAUGUACUUCUUCAGAUGCACAGGGACGCCUGGAGCAUUCAGAAA